GUUGCUGGUGUCACUGACUUCAAGGGAAUCGGAGGCAGAGAGCUGCUGUGUGACACUGUUUCUAGCGUCCCUCCUUGGGGAGCUGUGCUGAGGCCUGCUGGUGCUGGGAGGACCCAGGGCAGUGCCUUGAGAAAGUCUCCUACUGUGAGUCUGCCAUGGUGGGGGGACGAUCGCUACAGACCAUGUUCGUCCUGCCGCUGGUGCUGAGCCUGGGCUUGCAGCUUCAUCAGAUAGCGGCUUUAUUCACGGUGACGGUCCCUAAGGAAGUGUACACGGUAGAGUUUGGCAGCAACGUGAGCCUGGAGUGCGAUUUCGACCACCGGGAAUGCACGGAACUUGAAGAAAUAAGAGUCAGUUUGCAGAAGGUAGAAAAUGACACCUCUUCGCCGAGUGAGAGAGCCACCCUCCUGGAGGAGGUGCUGCCCCUGGGGAAGGCCUUGUUCCACAUCCCCAGUGUCCGAGUGAGGGAUGCAGGACAGUACCGCUGUCUGGUCAUCUGCGGGGCCGCCUGGGACUACAAGUACCUGACAGUGAAAGUCAAAGCUUCUUACAAGAAGAUAGACACUCGGAUCCUACAGGUCCCAGGGACAGAUGAGGUGCAGCUCACCUGCCAGGCUAGAGGUUAUCCCCUGGCGGAAGUGUCCUGGCAAAACGUCAGUGUUCCUGCCAACACCAGCCACAUCAGGACCCCUGAAGGCCUCUACCAGGUCACCAGUGUUCUGCACUUAAAGCCACAGCCUGGCAGAAACUUCAGCUGCAUGUUCUGGAACGCUCCCAUGCAGGAGCUUACUUCAGCCAUCAUUGAGCUUCAGAGUUGGACUGAGCCCGAGGUCACCAGCACAUCAGCACGGCAUGUUCUCAUCCCGUCUUGCAUCGUGGCUUUAAUCUUCGUAGUCGCGAUGAUAGCCCUGAGAAAGACGCUCUGUGGAAAGCUGCAUUCUAGACAUCGAUCUGGACCUGUGGCCUUGGAGGUUGGGAUCAUCUGAUGGGGACAUCUUUUAGAGGCUCUGGACUCUGAGUGAAGAUCCCUUGGCCUGAAGAAGCUGCCCUUUGCACGUUUCAAAUGCUAUGGACGAUGACCCGGCAUUUCCAUCAGGAGUGUG